UGUUGCAAUAAUUCCUGUUCUAUGGUUACCAUUCUGUGGUUUGAUUAGACUUUUAUUGACAUUUAAUGGACAAUAGUGUGAGUGGGUGACUUUUAUGUACAGCAUACGCAUGCAUUCUUCUCUUUGGCUUUCACGGCUUUUACUGGUGAUGAUGUCAAUCGACGUUGUGAAAGAUGACUGACCAGCAUUGACGGAGGACACACGCUGAUGCACAAUAACCGCUUGGUUUUGUGGCCCUGAAGGUGUGAACAAGUGACGCCUUUAAGUUGUGCUACCUUGCAGUAUUUACGUUCACGCAGCAUGUUUAUGUGUAAGAGACAGAAAAAGAGAAUCCGUGGGAGGAAGUGGGUCUCCUCCCGCUUAAAGUUUCCAAGCUGACAGAGAACACAGCAGAGGAACAACCAAAACACAGAAACUCCACCCCCAUCUUCAGGCAUAUAUGAUACAUCUUAUCACGCAACAUCACCAAAAAGUCACCUGCAGAGGGGAAGCAUUUCACAUAUUGUCAAAAGAGACUACAAGACAUGCUGUUGGCGUGGUUGGUGUUUGGCCUGAUUUCAUUGUCUAUGACAGAGGGUCACCGUGAGGUACAGGAAGUGUUUGCAGAGUCCAGCUCCCAGGUUGUACUCCCGUGCGUCUGCAACACUUCAUCCCAUGUUGUCACCUGGAGGAAAGACAACCAAGAUACAGUCUGGAGACAAGACAAGAGCGGCAUGCAGUUUUGGGGCUACAGAUGGCUGCAGAGAGGAGCCCGACGUGUGCGAUGCCCCCACUCCCGGUUAGAAAGAGGUGACUGCAGUCUGCACAUCAACAACAUCAGGGAGGGCGAUGGCGGCCUGUUUGUGUGCGGGUUCACCAGUGGAGGACAGUCCAUGACACGCUCGGUCAUGCUGAGAGUCAUCAAAGUGUCUUUCUCCUCGGCGGCCCCCGUUGCCGGGAUGAAGUUUUCCAUCCGCUGCAGUGUAACACCCGAGCCCCUGGGUGCCAGCGUGCAGUGGAGAUUGAACAACAGCACAUUUGUGUCUGCAAGUGGAGAGAACCUUGAGACCGCUCAGUGGACUGUGGAGGAAAGGGCUCGCGUGACACUGACAGGAGAGUGGACUUGUGUGGUGGUCCACCGGGGCUUUGAGGGUCGGGCAUCUGCAUCUUUAACUGUGAAAGGAAUCAUCCUUCCACCCACAGAUGACACGAGAGUGUAUGCAGCUGUGGGAUGUGCAGCCACCCUCCCUUGUGUAUUCUCCCCUGGCUCAUUCCCCUCCAAACCCAGCUGGCGGAAACUUCAUCCUGGCUCUUCAUCUAAACCUCCUGGUCAUCUUCCUCCUUCCUUUUCCUCUUCAUCACCAGCUUCCAAGCCUGCUUGGGACCAGUCGGCCCGGUUGGAAGAUGUCAGUCUUGAAGAUGAAGGAAGGUACAGAUGUGCCGGUGUGGUUGGAGGACAAAGCCUGUCUCGAAGGAUGCAGCUAGUCGUCGCAAAAAUUGACCGCAGCAUCUCAUGGAGGAAAAUGGUGACGCUGACAUGUCAGCUGACGGACACCAGUGAGGUCACCCAUUACGAGUGGGUUCACGUGACCUAUGACCCCAGUGGCACACGCUUGGUUAAAUCCAUCCAGGUGGGAAAGACUCUUGAAAUGAGCAAGGUGAACGUUGAGGGUGUGGGCGAGUGGGUGUGUCGGUUCCACGGGAAAGACGGCCUUCUGGGAAACGUAACGCAUCGCGUCGCUCCUCAGAAUGGUCAUCUUACGGGGUCAACAAGUUCUUUGUAUAACACAUCAAUUGCGCUCAGUCUCAGUGUCCUCCUCGUCCUUCUGAUUCUGAUCCUGGCUCAGAUAUACAAAAACCACCAGAGGAGAAAAAGCAUCUUCCAGUUCUCUGCACUGGAGACCAUUCUUCACGUUAAGUCCAACGAGCGUGACAAAAGAGAGAAAAGCCAUGUGAAAACGUGAGGGCACGUUACGUCAGAGGCCCUGCCGUUGGCUGGCGAUCAGUCCAGGGUGUACCCCACUUCUCGCCCGAAGCCAGCUGGGCUCCAGCAUGCCCCCGCAACCCUAAGCAGCAUAGAAAGUGGAUGGAUGGACAUUACGUCAGAGGCUUAGAGACAGUUGUUUUGUAUAUUUUUGUACAUGAACCAAUGUUUGCUAAAGAAAGACAUGAACAUGUGUUUUUACACAGAGUGGGAAAUGGUUUUAUUCACUACACAAUAAAAAAGUAGGUUCUGUGGGAAAUGACUAGUAAUACAAACAGGAAAUAAAACAUUCCAAAUAUAUUUACACAAAACAAUGACCAAUAUAAAUAAGUUACAUGAAUGUUCUGUACCUGUACAUACACCAGACACAGACAUAUUUGUAAACCACAUUCAAGUCAAAAAAGGUUCCAAUAUGUAAGAUGAGCUCAGUGUCUUUACUACACUUGACUAUACGGCCCCAAGUCUUGCUCGGAAAGAUCACAGAGCGCCAACGACUGACUGAUACCGUCCGCAGCUCUUUUGC